UUUCCCCAGCAGUAGCAAAAGCAGCAGCCACUGCCUCAUGUGUCUCCCAGUGUGGCAUCAGCAGGAGCUUGCACCAUGGAGCUCUCCUGCACGCGCCUCUUUUUCUUGAUGCUGCUUGGUUUGUGGUGGCCAGGUUUGGCGUGGCAUCGGGUGGGAGCAGCUCAGGUUCGGGAGCACUACAUAGCCGCAGAGAUUACCAGCUGGAGCUACAGACCCCAGUCCAAAGAACAGUCCAGAUUAGACAAUUCAGAGCCUGUGUUUAAGAAAAUUGCCUAUAGAGAGUAUGAAGCAGAUUUUCAGACAGCAAAACCAAGAGAUACGUUCUCAGGACUUCUGGGACCAACUCUGCGUGCUGAAGUGGGAGACACUUUAGUAGUUCACUUUAAGAACAUGGCCAACAAACCGCUGAGCAUUCACCCACAGGGCAUAGCUUACAACAAACUGUCAGAAG